AUGGGGGGCCAAGCAUUCACCAAAGGACCCGAUGGCCUCUACACUCCGCGCAUGCCUCGAGACAUCUACGAGCAUGUUCGAGACCACUGCCACGCGCUCCUUCGUGAGCUAUUCGUAAUGGUAGCCACUCCCAUCGAAGGCCCGGGCAAGAGCGAUUUUGGCGACAUUGACAUCUUUGUUGCCGUCAAGAAGGAAGACUACUUUGGUGCAUCUGCCGCUUCGAAUCUUCCGGGAGCCGCCGAGAAGCUCCCCUUUGGCACUAUUGCGGCCCUCUUUGGCGCGGAGCGCAAAUUUCAGGAGAGGGACAAUGUUGCUAUGUUUGCCAUUCCGUGGCCCAAUCACCUUCCCGAAGGCGUCAAGGAUACAGUCGAUACCACAAGCGACAAGCUGCGCUUCAUCCAGGUCGAUAUACACAUCUGCCCAACUAUUCAAAACUUGGAGUGGUUCCUCUUCAAGCAUGCACACGGAGAUCUGUGGAACCUCCUAGGAAGUACCAUUCGACCUUUCGGCCUCACCGUGGACGAAGUCGGCCUGUACCUCCGCAUCCCAGAGGUUGAGAAGCUGGACAAGAAGAAGGCCAAGGUCCUCCUGACCACCGACCCGUCUGAGACCCUGCGCUUCCUCGGCCUGCGCUUGGACAAGGGACAGUGGGAGCAGGCGUUCUCCAGCAAGGAGCUGGUGUUUGAGUACGCUGCUACUUGUCGCUUCUUCUGGGUGAAGCCUAAGCUUGCCGACGCUGACCAUGAUGAUAAUGAUGAUGAUGAGGGCGAAGGAGCCCUAGAUAUAAGCGGCGACUACCGCAAGGACAAGCUCAAGUCCAAUGAUCGCAAGCGAAUGAACCAACGCCCCCUCUUCCGCCAGUGGAUCGAAGAAUUCCUGCCCAAGUGCCGCGCAGAGGGCCGAUUCAUGACACGACCUACGACCAGACAAGAGGUGACAGAAGAGGCCUCGGACGAGUUUGGCGUUCGCGAGACCUAUGUAACGCAACUCGGCGACUUUCUCAAGGAGCGUCAAAGGCUUACGCUCUGGAAAGAGGUCAUCAAGCCUGCCAUUCCGAAUGAUCUCGAACCAAACUUUCGCAGUUGCGCUGCUAGUGCCAUGAAGAAGAUCGUCAUGGAGGACAACGAAGCUUUUGGUGUCCAGCCCACAACGGCUCUCAAGGAUGACAAUGGACUCUAUCUAGAAGACAAGGUUCGCCAAUUCGUCGAGGCCAACUGGCAGGAGGUCGGUCGUGUCGCUGUGGAGCAGAACCACAUUCGAUACUUGGAAAGUCUCGCUGCAAAGGCCAAGAAACGAACGAGCACAGGUGAUGAGAAGGAGAAUAUGGGACCAACCCAGUAA